AUGGCCGACGACCAGAUCAACGUGCCGUCCCUGGUGCUGGUGCUAGUCCUCUCCGGGCUGGUGAUCCGGUACCUCUUCUUCUCGCCGUCGGGCGACCAGGCGGGCGGCGCCCAGCAGGGCUCGGGCGGCCGGAGCACGCGGGACGCGUCGGCGGCGGCGACGGCGCAGCGGCGCAGGGACGAGGCCGCCGAGAGGAUAGUGCAGAUGUUCCCGCAGGUCGACCGGCGCACGGCGCUGUGGGACCUGCAGCGCAACGGGUGCAAUAUCACCGCCACGACGGAGAGGAUACUGGCUGGGCGCAUGGAGACGCCACCGAUCACCUUCCAGCCUCCCCCGCCUCCGGGAGCCGCGACCGGCUCCUCGUCCACGUCGACUCAGGCCAGGCCCGCGGCGGAUAAGCCGGCCCAGCCGGACCUGAUCCAGAGGUACAAGCUGCAGGACAAGCUGGCGGCAGAGCAGGCGAGCGGCGCCGAGCCAGAGGCCCAGCCCGCGCCGGGACAGGCGGCUGGCAAGGGCAAGGGCUGGAGCAACAACAAGGAGGAGCGGCAGUCGCUGCUGCAGAAGCGGAGGGACGAGAUGAUCCUCGCGGCGCGGCGGAAGAUGGAGGCCAAGAUUGCGGCGGAGAAGGCCAAGACCGAGGGCGCGGCGAGCAGUUAG